GUCAGCCACAUACCACCAAUAGUCCAAUACCACUCCCUUCAUCGUUCUGUCGUCACACGAGUUUCACUUUUCCCUCAGUGAAAAUGACAAUAACACUGAAAUAUUUUGGUUAAUUAUUACUCAUCGUCAGUAUAACAGAACAAACCAAUCGUACAAAGAGGAAACACGGAGUGAGAGAAAGAGAGAGAGAGAGAGAACUAGAAGAAGGUGACGUCCGAGAUCGAUGGCGGCGGGAGAGGUAGGUAGGAGAAGAGAAAGGGAGACGGCGGAAGAGAAUAAUGAAACUACAAAUUUGAAACAAAGGAAGCUAGAGGAGGUAGAAACUAGGAUCUUAUCUCCGUGUGUACAAGAAACGAAUCGUGGUGGAAUCGUGUCUGAUACUAGCGCCGUAGAAGAACAGUGUCAUCAGAUUCCAAACAGAGAGUGUGAUUUGUUAGAAAGCGCUUCGUCGUCGUCGGUUUCUUGCUGCUCGAGUAAUUAUAGAUCCGACCAUGACGCUUGUGAAUUUGAUCUGACAGAAAACGUUGGUUCUGCGGCUAUGGAGAUGGAAGAGGUAGAGUCUUGCGGGAUGAAGAAGCAGAAGAAGAGGUGAGAGACGGUGAAAGAAGCCGAGGUAGAAGAUUUUUUCAAGGCGGCGGAGAAAGAUGUCCGAAAUGAGAUGUUGGAAUGUUCAAGCAAGUAUAAUUUCGAUUUCGAGAAAGAUGAGCCACUCGAUGGACGAUACAAGUGGCUAAAAUUCAAUCCUUGAAGCAUAAACAGCAUUCAACCUAGACGAUGAUCAUAUAUCACUCCUUCCAGUACUUAUAUUCUCUUCUGUAUAUUAUGUGAAAAAUGCAAUCUAUUAACUGUUAUUACCCUAAGAAAAUUGUAUAUAUAUCUUUCAAUAAUCGAGAAACUCCAACUUUUUUUUGUC